GCUGUGCCCAAAGUCCUUCAAGCGUCCGCAGGACCUGAAGAAGCACGAAAAGACACACUCGGAGGGCCUGCACGCCGACGAAACCACGCCGCAGAUGUACGGCAUGGACUACCAGUACUUUGCCAGCCAGAUGCACACCCCGGCCCAGACCAACUCGUCGCCGACCGUUGGCUCCCUGAGCCCUGCCGACGGCCAGGUGCCCAUCGACCUGAUCGGCCACAGCGGAGUACUACCCGAACAGCAUGGCCCACGGCAAGCGCGGAAUCGAGGCGAUCGAGCAGUUCCAGCAGACGGUCAAAAAGUGCCGCACCGAUGAGACUAGUCAAGGUUUGGAUUGUCUUGCACAUGCUGUUGGUCUACGAGAAAAGCAUGGCUGCCCUGCUGCCCUGCCUCCUGCUAACAAUGCCAAUUUUGCUGAUGCCGACGCUGCUACCAGCGCCAGCAGCGCCCUGUACCCCACUUCUACUCCACCAUCCCCCCAUGUGCUGCCUCCCAUCUCUCCCAAAUCGCACUCGCACUCCCCUCUCCCCUCUAUCCUCUAUUUCUCUUCCCUCUCGCGUUGUAGCAAUAUCAGCAGCAGCAGCAGCAGGCAGUUGGCGGCCCUGUUUUUGGGAUUCCCAAAAGCACUUUUCUCUGUAGUGCCAUUUAGCGGCUAUGUGUAUUGCAACUCCAUUCCGAUUCUUAUCUCCUGCAUCUGUCACUUGUGCUCCCCUUCUCGCAUAUCCCAUGUUACUCGACUUAUUCCCUCUAUUUCCCCACGUCCUUACACACGUCUCUACCUGUUCCAUAUAGCUCUUCAGUUUCCAAUAGCAUCAUCUGUUUUUGCUCUCAGCAUUGCACACUGUUUCUCACCUGGGGAGGGAAGGGCAGCUAUUGUCACUGCAGCGACUCUUGGCACAUACACACUCGUCACCAGACAACAGUGAGUAGAAGGGAGCUUCUUGGCGAAGGUCUUGGCAUUUCGUAAUUAUUGACCGGCAUGCGGCAGCAGAUAUACGAGGCAGGCAUUGGCUCGGCGGCAGCCAUGCUUUUUUUUUUUGUUUGAACUCGUCUGGCCAACACUCCAUGCAUAUUGGCUCAUAUCUGCGAUGCACGCAUACUAACCCGCCUU